AGAGAAAGCAAAAGCAACAAAGUUGCCCAAUCCAUCUCUCUCAAGCAAGAUUGCAUCCACCAAAAUGUUUUCUUUGCUUCUUGAUUGGCUUAUUACUAUUUUUCGGUAUCUGUUGUUUUCUUAUGUAUAUAUCACUUCAUUGAUGAGAAAGAUCCCCACUUUUGAUAUUCUGAGUAAAGUUCUAUAGACACAGGUCCGGCGGUCCCUAAUUCAGUACUGUCUAGCAGCAGUGGGAUUUCUCUUUAGUUUAUGUAUAAUAUCUUUUUCUUUUCUUCUGAAAGAGGAACAAGUUCCCCAUCAUCUUUAUUCCAAGCUGUGGAAGCUUUUGAAAAUUCCUUAUCAUGUUUGGAUUCUUAUAAUCUCAAUAGAAUCAACUGUUUUUGCACAGACUAUAUAUGGAUUUUAUUAGUUGAAGAGUGUUGAAUAACUGUGAACAUAAUCAUAAUAUGGGCACAGAGGAUUUAACUGUUCAAGUUCUCAACCUUUCUCCAAGGGUGACCCUCAGAGACCUGAUUACCUUCUUCUCCUAUUGUGGAACUGUUCAGAAUGUCCAGCUCUUGAGAGACAAAGAGCAAUCACCCUAUGCCUUAGUGACUUUUUGGCAGCCUUAUGCUUUCCAAACUGCUCUUCUCCUUGAUGAUGCUGUGUUUGGAGGGAACCCCAUUUGCAUAUUACCUGCAUGUGUUAUAAAAAUUCCUAUAGAAUCAGAUGAAGACAUUGAUGAGUCCCAGAGCAAAAGCCAAGGGCACAACAUUUCAGUGAAUAAAACUAUGGAGCGUAUGGCUACAUCGAAAGGCCUCGAAGUAAUGUUGAAGGAAAGCAGGGAUGAGUUGGAGGAUAGCUUGAAGCUUUCGGCCGAGAAAGGAAGAAAAGUGGUAAUGGAACAAGCAAGAUCAGUCAUUUAUGCAGUUGAGCAAGCAGCAGGUCGCAUGGGAAGUGCCAUCAUGAACAAAAACUUCGUGUCAAAUGUAAUUGACAAAGCCUCAAGAUCUGCCUCAGACUUUGGAAACAGGAAAAUGCAAUAAAAUUGAACUUAUUCUUAAGAUGUUAUAAAAAUGUAACAGAUAUU